CCCCAUGCCGGCAUCCCUCCGUCCCUGCUCCUGUUUCCCUCUGCAGCCGGUCUGAUGAAGAGCAGAACUGAAUUUCAUUAGUUACAUUGUCCCUGUUUUUGAGCGCUGUGCCGCUUCUCUUUUCCUCCCCCCUCCUUCUCACUUCUUAUCCCUCUCUGCCUGCCAGUCUUAGGCUUUCUCUCCCCCUCCCUCGCUCCCUCCGUCUCCUCCAUCUCUCCAUCUCAAUGCGCCACAGCUCCUCCCUCCACCUUGCACAGCGUCGACUCCUCCCUCUCCAUCUUUCUUCCCUCACUCGCGCUCCCGCUCUCGCUCUCGCUCUGCUGGGUAUGGCAUGUAUGUGAGCGGGUGCACUCCUGUUUACAUGCAUGCCUGCAUCUGGGACAGACUCUCAUGCAUUCUGUGGACUGUAGCUGCUCGUGCUCCACUCUCUGAGAAUUUUCUGGACCCCUUGCUUGCUUUGAGGAAUUGUGUGCCGUUUUUGUUUUUCCUCUCACUCAUGAAAUUCUUCAAAGGCCUCCUGUGUGCCACCCUGCCACUCUGGAGCGAUUCGGAUCUAAGCUGCACUCCGGCAGGAUGGAAUUGCCAAAUUUAGACUCCACCGCAUGACGUUUCUGGUUACCAUCAAAAUGGUGGCCAGAGAGGCAAGUGGGCACAGCUACCUGGUGGCGUGCUGGCAGCCCAUUCUCAUCCUGAUGCUGGGUACAGUGUUGUCCGGCUCUGCCACCGGCUGCCCCUCUCGCUGCGAGUGCAGUGCCCAAGAGCGCUCAGUCGUGUGCCAUCGGAGAAAGCUGAUCGCCCUCCCCGAGGGAAUUCCCACUGACACGCGGCUGUUAGAUCUCAGCAAGAACCGCUUGAAAGCCAUCAACCCGGAGGAAUUUCUCAACUACCAACACCUGGAGGAGCUGCAGCUUAACGAGAACAUCAUUUCCGUCAUUGAACCAGGGGCCUUCAGCAACCUCCUUGGCUUGCGAAUACUGGGACUACGCAACAACAAGCUGAAGCUGAUUCAGCUGGGUGUUUUCACUGGCCUCAGUAACCUCACUCGAUUAGAUAUUAGUGAGAACAAAAUUGUCAUUUUGUUGGACUACAUGUUUCAAGAUCUCUACAACCUAAAAGAACUGGAGGUGGGGGACAACGACCUGGUGUUUAUCUCCCACAGAGCUUUUCACGGCCUCAGCAGCCUGGAGCAGCUCACUAUGGAAAGGUGCAACCUGACCUCUGUGCCAACAGAGGCCUUCAGUCAUCUCCACAACCUGCUGACCCUCAGGCUGCGGCAUCUCAACAUCAACAUCAUUCGAGACUUUUCCUUCAGGCGGCUCUAUCGACUCAAAGUCCUAGAGAUAGCGAACUGGCCUCUUUUAGAAACCUUGACCACAAAGUCCCUCCAUGGGCUUAACAUCACAACCUUGAGCAUCACAAACUGCAAUCUCACUGCCGUCCCUUACGAGGCCAUCCAGCACCUGGUGUACCUUCGCUUUUUCAACCUGUCCUUCAAUCCGAUUGAGGUUGUGGAGGGCAACAAAAUGCACAAUUUGCUGAGGCUCCAGGCAUUUCACUUGGUCGGGGGCCGGCUAGUCAGCAUCGAGCCUUAUUCCUUCAGAGGACUCAACUACCUUCGGGUUCUCAAUGUAUCCAGCAAUAGUCUAAGCACUUUAGAGGAGUCUGCCUUCCACUCGGUCGGCAACCUGGAGACACUGGCUCUUCAUGACAACCCUCUGGCAUGCGACUGUCGUCUCCUCUGGGUCUUUCGCCGCCGGUGGAGGCUUAACUUCAACCGCCAGCAGCCAUCUUGUGAAUCGCCAGAGUUUUUGCAGGGUAAAGAAUUCAAAGACUUCCCGGAUGUUCUCCCACCGAAUUAUUUCACCUGUCAGAAAUCCAAGAUCCGGGAUCACAAAGCCAUUCAUAGAUUUGUGGAUGAGGGGACCACUGUCCAAUUUCCUUGCCAAGCAGAUGGAGACCCCGCUCCCAUGAUUAUGUGGCAGUCUCCAAAAAAGCAAUUUAUCACCACUAAAAGCAUCGGCCGGCUGUCUGUGUCUUCGGACGGCACCCUAGAGGUUAGAUACGCCCAAAUACAAGACAACGGCACAUACACCUGCAUUGCCGUGAACGCAGGAGGCAACGACACCCGUUUGGCUCAUCUACAUGUUCAUAGCUACUCUCCAAAUUGGCCCCAUCAGCCCAAUAAGACCUUCGCUUUCAUCUCGAACCAGCCCAAUGAUAGCGGUGCCAAUGGAACUGGUGCUACGGAUCCCUUUCCAUUUGAUAUGAAGACUCUCAUUAUCGCUACCACCAUGGGGUUUAUCUCUUUCCUGGGAGUGGUGCUGUUCUGUCUGGUGCUCUUGUUCCUCUGGAGCCGAGGGAAAGGCAACGCCAAGCCAAACAUCGAGAUUGAGUAUGUGCCACGGAAAGUAGACGGAGACAGCAGCCCGACCGAGGGAUCUCACAAGAUCAGUAUGAAGAUGAUAUAAAAGACUAAUCACCAUUGUGUGUGCAUUACGUGAAUAGGUGUUCUUGACAACAGACUCAUCUUGAGGGAGGAAUAAGGGUAAUCUUUGCACCCCUUGCGGAAUUGUGAAAAGAACAAUGUUCCGAAAAAAGCCUUUUACAUUUUUUUACAGACUGUACAGAUCAAUCACACAGGGAUUGUGUCCUCAAAGGGAAGGCAGACAGGUCAUUCGAGGGUUUCAAAAAUCUGUGUACUUGUUCGGGUAAGUGUUGAAAACAUAGUCCUGUUGAAAUUCGUGCGAAAGCCAGAAUCGGGAGGAGCGGUAUGAACGUAUACCCGUCCUCUCGUCUCUUUUUCUGUACAUAACUAUUUCGAUGUACAUUGGGCAAUACAGUGGUUGAAUGCAGCCAAUCAGAGGUUAUGGGUUGUUGAGCCUACUGGAGUGCAUGUGCUAUAUCUAGAUACAUGCAAAGUGUAUAGGUCUAAUUAAAUCACUGUAAAUGUCCAUUACCAACUCUUUAUAAGAGGUCAAUUUGUUUAAAAUGGUUUAUUGAUUAGGCUUGACAAUCAUUAAUAUCUCAAAGGUCAAGUAUUAAUCAUUAAAUAUGGUUUGAUGGUGCAAUUUCAAUUUUGACACCUUACAUAGUAUCAUAAAGCCAGAUGUAGCUUUGAAUUUAAAGCCAUUGCUUUGACGGAACAUGUGACAAAACUAUUGGACCUGUGGUUGUACUCACACUAAACUACUAUUCCAUUUGACAGAUCUCCUCGGUUUUUAUCCAACUACCGGUGAAAAGUUUACAAUUUUAUUGAUUUAGUCAUCAAAAUGUCGUCAAUUUGCCAUGCUAUAAUGCAUUUUCUACCACUCUCACGAGGCAGGUGUUGCUCGGUAGGUAAAUGUGUUCUACAACCCUUGAAACACUACAGUGCUGAUUUUGGGACAAUGGAUGGCUGUAAAACAUAUUAAAAUG